CGGGCGGGCGGGGCGCGGCCGAGGCGGAGUCCAUGGCUGCCCUGAGGGCGGGGCGCGCGGCGGGCUGCUGCCUCGGAGCGUGGCGGGCUCGGGGCGGGGGGCUUCGCCUGGCGGGGCCCCCGCCGGCCCCUCACCCCCGGGGCCUGCUGACGUCGGGCUCUCCCGAGCCGCGGGCGCGGGGGGCGGCGGGCGACCCCGGCGCGGGGGCGCGCGGCCGCGUGUGGCUGGCCGUGGCGCUGGGCGCGGGGGGCGCCGCGGGGCUGCUGCUGCUGUGGGGCGGGGGCCGGGGGUUCCCCGCCGUGCGGGCCGCCGUGCCCGCCCCGCCGCCGCCGCCGCCGCCGCGCUCGCCGCGCUCGCCCCGCAGCCAGUACAACUUCAUCGCCGACGUGGUGGAGAAGACGGCGCCCGCCGUGGUGUACAUCGAGAUCCUGGGCCGGCACCCGUUCUCGGGCCGCGAGAUCCCCAUCUCCAACGGGUCCGGCUUCGUGGUGGCCUCGGACGGGCUCAUCGUGACCAACGCCCACGUGGUGGCCGACCGGCGCCGCGUCCGCGUGAGGCUGCCGAGCGGGGACACGUACGAGGCCGUGGUCACCGCGGUGGACCCCGUGGCCGACAUCGCCACGCUGAGGAUUCAGACCAAGGAGCCGCUCCCCACGCUGCCGCUGGGCCGCUCGGCAGAUGUCCGGCAGGGCGAGUUUGUCGUCGCCAUGGGAAGCCCCUUUGCCCUGCAGAACACCAUCACGUCCGGCAUCGUCAGCUCCGCGCAGCGUCCGGCCAAAGACCUGGGCCUCCCCCAGACCAAUGUGGAGUACAUCCAGACCGAUGCGGCGAUUGAUUUUGGGAACUCCGGAGGGCCCCUGGUUAACCUGGAUGGGGAGGUGAUUGGGGUGAACACCAUGAAAGUCACAGCUGGAAUCUCCUUUGCCAUUCCUUCCGAUCGCCUUCGAGAAUUUCUGCAUCGUGGGGAAAAGAAGAGUAGCUGGUUUGGACUUGGUGGGUCCCAGCGCCGCUACAUUGGGGUGAUGAUGCUCACUCUGACCCCCAGUAUCCUUGCUGAGCUGCAGCUCCGAGAGCCGAGCUUUCCUGAUGUCCAGCACGGCGUGCUCAUCCACAAGGUCAUCCUCAACUCCCCGGCACACCGGGCUGGUCUUCGACCAGGCGACGUGAUAUUGGCCAUUGGGGAUCAGCUGGUGAAAAGUGCCGAAGAUAUUUAUGAAGCUGUUCGAACACAGUCCCAGCUGGCAGUCAGGAUCCGGCGGGGACCGGAAACAUUGACCUUGUAUGUGACCCCCGAGGUCACGGAGUGAAUGACUUAGCGAGGGUGAGGCCCGGGCCCGCUUUCUGUGCGACUUUCCUGACCUCCACGCAAAGGGCACCUGGACGGAGGCUUAAGCGAACCAGUUGGGGGCAGGUCCCUGCAACCAUCAGCACCAGCUCUUGGGCUCCGACGAAAGGAAGGCAAGAAUGCUUUUUAUAUAAAAUAAAAUUAUACCCAGCAACAUGUUGAAGUCAAAAA